AGAUUUACUCAAGAUUUGCUUGGCUCUGCCAUUUUCAUUGCUGUAAGAAUCCUCCUUGCUUUAAAAGAAGACAUCAGAUUCCUACAGCAUGACGAUGAGGUCCCUGAACCUGUAACAUGGAGACUGCGGCGUCAAUGGACCCUCUGGCUCCGCUCCUUUCGUCAGUGACUUGGAGCGCUUUGAGAACUUUGUGAACUCUCUGUGUUGGAGUGGAAAGGGAGAGGAAGGGGAGAAGUUGAUGGGACACAGCCUGGCAGCAGCAGCAGCAGCAGGCUCCUCGGGAGACGACAUCAGGACUCACAGCUGGAGAUAAUCCCCCUGGUCAUGACAAGACAGCGCCUCACACUCCUCACCCCCCUGGCUCUGCUGGGACUCCUCGCCGGGCUGGUAGACCUUAGCCCUGACUCUGCCCGUGAGGAUGAGGAUUACUACAUGCAGGAGCUGCUGACAAGAGAGCAUUUCAACCAGUUCCAGGUGCAGGAAAAGCCUGUGGCCUCAAUACCUGACAGGCAUGAGCCGCCCAGCCCAAAACCUGCAAAGAAAGGGACCAAGGGAAAGGCAGACAGCAACAGGCAGACGGAUAAAACCACAGCUGAUGCAAAAUCAGUAAAAACAGCCAACAAAAAGGCUGAGAAGACCAAGAAGGGCCCCUUGAAAACCCCAAACAGCAUAUCUGAAGGAGAAGGACAAUACAACUCUAUAAAAGAGGAAUGCCCUCCCAUGGGACUGGAAACACUGAAGAUUGAUGAUUUCCAGCUUCAUGCUUCAUCCACGAAACGCUACGGCCUUGGUGCACACAGAGGUCGUCUCAACAUUCAGGCUGGCAUCUACGAAGAUGACCUAUAUGACGGGGCCUGGUGCGCUGGGAGAGAUGACCCGCUGCAGUGGUUCGAGGUGGAUGCCCGGAGACUGACGAAGUUCACGGGGGUCAUCACACAAGGCAGAAGCUCCCUCUGGUCGAGCGAUUGGGUGACCUCAUACAAGGUCAUGGUGAGCAAUGACAGUCACACCUGGAUAACACUGAAGAACGGCUCAGAGGACAUGAUCUUUGUUGGCAACAGGGAAAAGGAAAUCCCAGUCCGGAACAUCUUCCCAGUGCCAGUGCUCGCCAGAUACAUCCGAGUCAACCCUCGCGCCUGGUUUCGCAUCGGCAACAUCUGUAUGAGAGUGGAGAUCCUUGGCUGUCCUAUGCCAGAUCCAAAUAAUUAUUACCACAGACGCAAUGAAGUCAUAACAACGGACGACUUGGACUUCAGACACCACAGCUACAAAGAAAUGAGGCAGCUUAUGAAGGUUGUCAAUGAAAUGUGCCCCAAUGUCACACGGAUCUAUAACAUAGGAAAGAGCCACAGUGGGCUCAAGCUGUAUGCCAUAGAGAUUUCUGACAACCCGGGAGAGCAUGAAGUUGGUGAACCAGAGUUUCGUUACACUGCAGGUUCCCAUGGCAACGAGGUGCUUGGACGUGAGCUGCUCCUUCUUCUGAUGCAGUUCAUGUGUCUGGAGUAUCUGUCCGGCAACGAGCGGAUACGUCACCUGGUGGAGGAGACCAGAAUCCAUCUACUGCCAUCUGUCAACCCCGAUGGGUACGAGAAAGCCUUUGAAGUGGGUUCAGAGCUCAGCGGAUGGUCUCUGGGUCGAUGGAGCAAUGACGGUAUAGACAUUCACCAUAACUUCCCCGAUCUCAACUCCAUACUCUGGGAAGCCGAGGCUAAGAAGUGGAUCCCUCGGAAAAUGUUCAACCACCAUGUGCCCACCCCAGAGUGGUACCUGUCCAAAAACGCCUCAGUUGCCGUGGAGACAAGGGCUCUGAUCGCAUGGAUGGAGAAGUUGCCCUUUGUGCUUGGAGGCAACAUCCAGGGAGGGGAGCUGGUGGUGACCUUCCCUUACGACAAAACUCGCUCCCAUGGCGUGGGCAGGGAGCAGACCCCCACGCCUGAUGACCACAGCUUCCGCUGGCUGGCCUUCUCCUACGCCUCCACCCACCGCCUCAUGACUGCAGCCAACCAAAGGGUUUGCCACACAGAGGAUUUCGCCAAGGAGGACGGCACCAUCAACGGAGCGUCAUGGCACACAGCGGCUGGCAGUAUGAAUGACUUCAGCUAUUUGCACACAAACUGCUUUGAGUUGUCGAUGUAUGUGGGUUGUGACAAAUUCCCUCAUGAGAGCGAACUGCCGGAGGAGUGGGAGAACAAUCGCGAGUCUCUUCUUGUCUUCAUGGAGCAGGUGCAUCGUGGGAUCAAAGGCGUGGUGAGGGACCUGCAAGGUCGCGGAAUAGCAAAUGCCACCAUCUCUGUGGAGGGCAUCAGCCACGAUAUUCGCACAGCUUCUGAUGGCGAUUACUGGCGCUUGCUGAACCCCGGGGAAUACAGGGUAACAGCCAGGGCCGAGGGCUACAGCCUCAGCAGCAAAAAGUGCGAGGUGGGCUACGAGAUGGGCGCCACCACCUGCAACUUCAUCAUCGGCCGCACAAAUCUGUCACGUAUCAAAGAAAUAAUGGAAAAAUUCAACAAGCAGCCAAUCAGAUUGCCCGUCAGGCAGCUCCAAGCUCGCAGGUCCAGAGAGAGCCGCGUGGAAACACAAUGAAUGUUUGAGGAAGAAUUCAAAACAACAUCUGCUCCGAUCAGACUGGGGUCAACUUCAAGGGUUGGACCUCUGUCAUAUUCCUCUGAAAUGCUGUCAGUGGAGUUAGAAUAAAAAUGUUGAUUAAUUUAAACAGGAUGCUUUUUUGGUUUUUGUUUCCUCCCCAGGCAUAAGCUGUCUCUGUUUUCACUGUUGUCAUCUCAUCUUUUUCUGAUACUCACUGUAUUUUAUUCUGUCCGGCUAUGUUUACGAACCCUUUAAAUGUUAUUAUAAUACACUACAUAUCACCUCGACCAUCAUCCCUAAUGACAUCAACCAUAAAUGAUAGAAUAUUAGCACAUUAGAAUGGAUUUUUCUAAAUAACGAUGAGGAAUCGUAUUUUAAUCACUGUAAGGAAUAGCCGUGACUGUCAUUAUGUACAUACUUAUUAACUUAUGUAACACAGUUAUGUAAACCAUUACGAAAGCUUUAAUUACCUGCACUUUGUGGACUCUGUGACAUUUUGUGUCAUUGAUUUGUUUUUUAUACACUUUGCUUUUGACAAGUUAUUAGAAAAAAAAGACCAUGUUGGUACAAAUAGAAAUUGCUCAUGUGCAAUUGUGUGGAUUUCAUUCAUGGUAGGCACUCAAUUGAGGAUUUUUUUUGUUAAGCACAUAAAGCCUGCUGCCGUUCAGAAGGGUUGGUUAUGCUUUAUUUAAUGGUUCCAUUAUUAAAAUCAAAAUUUAUAGUCAAAACUGU